AUGUCCACACUCGCAGAGGAAGAUGAAGAACAAAAUUGGGCUAUGGCAGCAUGGGUUCAUCAUCCGACCAAGCGCUCGAUUCAUACUACACAAUUGGGAACGUUCUCUUGUAGCGUUCAUUCCUGCGAAAAGACAGUUUCUGCGACGAAAGUGGUCCACGAUGUCCGAGAUCCAUCGCGGUUGAAAUUCUGCAUCACAGGCGGAACCGACGAUCCAACAAUAGAGUUACGCCUUUCUAUGUAUGACGCCCCUAAUGCUGCAUGGCGAAAUCUAGCAAUCAGUCCAAGUCCAAAUGUCAUCGCUAUGAAAUUUCAUCUCCUCCCACACACAACUCACCAGGCCCAGAUACCCAAGUUCGAAAGGCAGAUGAUAAGGUUCAAUCCUAUGUACUCUGGCGUGGAGUUCGACCAACACCAACCCAUCGAGGGCAAUACAUAUGGGUUUUCGUUGGAGGUGGCAUCUCUAACAUGGCAAAGGGAGAUUAGCGGACCCCCUGCGGUUUUGAUUGAGUGGCAGGCAGAAAAGAAUACAAUGCUCAACAUCGAUCUGGGAAGUGUUGCACAGGAUCACCCAUUUUAUGAAAUGUCCAGAGAUUUCAUAAAAAUAGGUGAGCUAUCAGGUCCUGUCGGCUAUGAGUUUGACAGGUACAGUUGCAUUGUGCCGUGGUCGGCCUCCCUCGAAUAUUCUUUUCGAUAUCUCUUAUCCACGCCGCAAAACAAGACUGCCUUCUGGCGGGUCGCUACAAACAGGAAUACCCUUUUAGCCACCAUACCUGUAACACUACGAGAAACACACAACUUGAGACUCGAGGAAGUUUGGAACUUAGAAGCCCAGCGACCAAACCGUUUCGUCAAACCAACUGGCGGUAAGCGCACACCCUUGAAGACGCGGUGCGACUUACGAGGCGUGUAUGAGCCUCAUCCUGUUGUCUGCCAAUUUGAUAGCAACAUGGCCACGGAGUAUUACUUGAAAUUACCAUACAUUCUGAACAUCGACGCGGCGGCCGAACAAAUGAGUUCUACCUGUGAUGGGUAUUUGAGGCACAAAUGCAUCAAGGCUAGGAAGUAUAUCCCAGAUGCAUCCGAUGAUACUGUGGUGUUUUUGGCAUACAUUCCUAUUGAUGGCGAAUGCGAUGAUGGAGAUAUCAUAUUUCCUCUUGAAGGUGACUUGGCGAAGGUUGUCUGGACACACAAAACCUCAAAGGAUGAGCGACCGAUUGUAUGGCAGGGAAAAGUCUUGAUGAGCCCGUCCCAUCAUGAUCGUCAAUGGAACGUCGCGAUGAUUGCAUGGAUUAAGGACUCUACAAACGAUUACGAGGCGUUACUGAAACGCGAUUUUCAGCCCAGGUUUACUUUUAAGUCCCCAGAAACCGGAACCACGACCCUUCUAAAGUUUAUUGAUCGAAUUUUAUAUGGAAAUCCAAUUCUUAAUAUCCGGUAUAGAAACUGGAUCAAAACCUUCAUGAUGGCACAGCGCAACAACAGAACCAUGGAUAUUGUUGAUGUCGGCAUGAAUAAAACAAUCGCAGCACAGACGGCUGCAGGGCUGAAUGAGGAUCAGUUACUGGCCGUGCAUACUAUGCGAACCAGUCCGCUUUGCUUUAUACAUGGUCCCCCGGGAACGGGAAAAUCUGAUAUUGCUGCUAAGCACGCAGUGGAUUGUGCUGCUUCGGGACAGAGGGUGGUAAUAAUCGCCCAGAGCAACCUGGCAGUUGCAGAAAUCUUAGAUAAGAUUGUCACAUUUUGUGAUAGAUUUGGAUUGCAAGAUGUCAAGCAAGCCAUCGUUUGGAACACGGCCGACUCCGGUGGUGAACAUGACGAAGAAAAAGCAUUUUCUGUAGGGGAUGCAUUGAUGAAAGACGAUGGCAUUUACGAUUUUACCACUGAGGAAGGCUUCGUCAAUACUUCCGUCAUCGCAUCUAAUGUCAAGAAAGUUUCUCAUCCUGCUGCCGUGAAGAAGGUCGUUAUGCGAGAUUUAGAGAGACUUAAGACCGAUGUCUGGUAUGGAUUGAAGAAUUCCGAGACGCUUCGGGAUGCAAACAAGACCGACUUUAUGAUCGGCACGGACGACGCCACUACGUCAUUAUUAUUCGACAUCCAUCUCGUCAUGCAACAUAUUGAAUCCCUAGAGAAGAAGAAUCAAGUAAAUUCCAAUAGGAGCCCUCUUGAUGCUACUGCACCAAGCGUUAUCCUCAAAAAAUCCCAUGACGCAGCACGAGACGAGAGAAUAUUUGAUAAUAUGUCAAUCAAAUAUCUUAAGAAGAAGUUAGCCAAGCUAUGGCAGGACGCCAUGUAUCACUAUAUCACACACAACACUUUGAUUCUGGCGACAACCUUUGGAAAUCUUCCGAGCGUCCUGAUUCGUCAAUUCGGCGCGCAGCAUCUGAUUGCUGACGAGGUUUGCAAUGCAACCGAUAUGUCGUUCUGGGGUGGAAUGGCCCGCUUUGCAAAUACACUCAAGAGUGGAUGUGGGAUUGGUGAUCCAGAACAGAACGGACCUUUUGUUGCAGGAGGUAGUCGCAACUACAUGAGAGACCAGCUCUCGAUCGACGCAAUGUCUCGCAUGACUCUCGCUGGGAUGAAACCAGUUAGAUUAACAUAUCAAUAUCGGAUGCAUCCCGAUAUAUCCGCAUUACCAAUUGAGUUUCUCUAUCAGGAGACUGACGCAACGGGAAAUAAUUACUCGGUUUUGAGAGACGACCCUUCAACUUUCAAUAGAUCGGAGAGACCAUUAGUAAAAAAAUGGUGUUCUAAGUAUCUAAAUAAGAAACUUCACGCGACAAAGACUUCGGUUUUCGUUUCGGUAGAGGAUGGCGUUUUACUUCGAGCUCAAGGUUCAUGGUCCAAGACUAACCACCAGAACGUGGUGGUUGUUUGCGAUUUAGUGAAGUCCCUUCUCGAGGAAGGUAUCAUGGCGGAAGAUAUACUGGUUAUAUCCUUCUAUGGAGAGUCUGUCAGUCUCAUACGUCGUUUCCUUAAAUCACAGAAUAUCCAAAAUGUAGAUGUUGAGGUACCUUCUGUCGAAGUUUGCUCCGUAGAUGGCUCGCAAGGAAGAGAAAAGAUGGUGGUUAUCAUUGAAAGCUCUUCGCGCUGUCAUUUUGGCGACACCCCUGGAUUUCUUCGCCAAUCGAAUAGAAUCAACGUGGCGAUGACCAGGGCGAGAGAAUGCCGAAUUUUCGUUGGACACCGCCUCAUGUGCUCAACCUUGAAUUCCAAGAUGAGAGUCACGAAGGCUUUGAAAUUGUUGAAAGCUAUCCCAAAGAAACAUGAUGCAGAAGGUCAAUUAAAGGUUGUGAGAGUUGGCAAGAGAAUAUUGGAUUACGAAAAUGACUUGCGCCCAGACGCUUAUGUACAAGUUGCGAAAAUAUUACCCGCCAUGGCAAUGUAUGACGCGCUGCGAUAA